AUGAGCGAUCCAAGCCCAGCAUCCGAAUCGCAGUCAACGCCUGCGGAAGCUCCGUCGCAGGCUUCCAACGACCAGUCUGGAACCAAGAAGGCACCGGCAAACCAGACUCCUGGCCAUCCCAGCUUCAGAAGGCAGCGCGCAUCUCGGGCCUGUGAAACAUGCCACGCCCGCAAAGUCCGCUGUGAUGCCGCCUCUCUUGGUGUCCCCUGCACCAACUGUGUGGCCUUCUCAAUCGAAUGCCGAAUCCCCGUCCCGAAGAGGAAGAGAGCCGGUACUGCUCGGACCAAAGAAGAGGGGAGUGAGACCGGCGAGUCCCAACUACCAGCUACGCCAACCGAUCCCAGGCUCACCCGCCCUUCGCAAGCGAAACCAACGGUUGGAUACAACUCUCCAGAUGGCAUCCCCUCAACUCAGAUAUCCAACGCGGAAGCCGCCCAGCAAGCCGCCAAUAAUGGCACCAUGGCCCAGUUCAUGAAGCCCAAAUUCGCACGGGCACCUAUAAAAGAGGCCGGUCGAGUAGCUUACCUGGGCGAGUCAUCAAAUCUGUCAUUGCUGGUCCAUGACCGGCAUGGCACGACAGAUGUGGUUCACUAUCCUCUACCAGAAAACAUCAGAGGUGCUCGAGCCCGGUUGACCGAGCCAGAUCAGAUGGAGAUAGAGAUCCUUCAACAGCGAGGGGCAUUUUUACUUCCGCCUCGCGCAUUGUGUGAUGAACUUGUCGACGCCUACUUCAAAUGGGUCGCUCCUAUUGUGCCAGUCAUCAACAAAAGUCGAUUCAUGAAACGGUAUAAAGACACCAAGAACCCGCCAUCUUUGCUGCUUCUUCAGGCCAUCUUGCUCGCUGGCUCAAGAGUCUGUCAAAAUCCGCAGCUGAUGGAUGCGACUGGUUCGACAACUCCUGCGGCAAUGACAUUCUACAAACGCGCCAAAGCCCUCUACGACGCCAACUACGAAGAUGACCGCAUAACCAUCGUACAGGCUCUGGUCCUGAUGGGGUGGUAUUGGGAGGGGCCCGAAGAUGUCACCAAAAACGUGUUCUAUUGGACGAGGGUCGCGAUUGUGGUCGCUCAAGGUGCCGGUAUGCACCGCAGUGUCGAAAGCUCUCAGUUGAGUAGACAAGACAAGCGCCUCUGGAAAAGAGUAUGGUGGUCUCUAUUCACAAGAGAUCGGUCGGUCGCCGUUGCCCUCGGCCGCCCUGUCUCCAUCAAUACGGACGAUUCGGACGUUGAGAUGAUCACCGAAGAGGAUUUUAUCGAAGAUGAAGGAGACCCGAACAAUGACUUCCAGGCCGAUCCGGUACAUGUCCAGUUCUUUUUGCAGUACGUUAAGCUCUGCGAGAUUAUGGGUCUUGUCCUCUCUCAGCAAUAUUCGGUUGCGUCUAAAGCUCGGCGAACAAAUGCCAUCGAUCUGACUCACAGCGACAUGGCCCUCGCUGACUGGCUCCAAAAUUGCCCUCGAGAGGUGUAUUGGGAGCGCUCCCGACACCAUUUCUGGUCGGCCUUGUUACACUCCAAUUACUAUACCACGUUGUGUUUGCUUCACCGCGCUCACAUGCCGCCUGCCACUACAAAACCGAAUGACUACGACAGUGUUGAUAUGUCUUACCCUUCCAGAACGAUAGCGUUCCAAGCCGCUGGGAUGAUCACGUCGAUCGUGGAAAACCUUCUGGCUCAUGAUCAAGUCAAGUAUGCCCCUGCGUUCAUUGUAUACAGUUUGUUCUCCGCGCUCAUCAUGCACGUAUAUCAAAUGCGGUCUUCGGUGCCAUCAGUAGUGGCGGCCAGCCAGGAACGUAUCAACGUAUGUAUGAACGCUUUGAAGGAAGUCUCUAAAGUAUGGUUGGUCGCAAAGAUGGUGCACACUCUGUUCGAAUCUAUCCUCGGCAACAAGGUACUGGAGGAGAGAUUGCAAAAGGCAACCGGCAAGAAAGCUCAACGUGCCAGGACUCAACCUUCCGGGGCCCAUUUCCACGCAAACGGGAAUGCCAACGGCACGGGACACUCCUCAUCAGGACCGUCUUCCACUCCAGCACCACCAGCUAACCCUACCAAGCGAAAAUUCGAUGACAUCGACCUGGGAUUCAACGUAGGACCGCCGGCUCCUCAGAUGUCGUAUGAGCGGUCGAGGCCUCAGACACCUGCCGCAACGCCUUCCCGUGAUCUACCACAACAACCGCAACAACAACAACAACAACCACAGCAGCAGCAGCAGCAGCAACACCAACACCAUCAACAGCAACACAACUUCCUCGGCUCUCCUCCACUCCACAAUGAGCAAUAUCUACCAACCUCCAGGUCUCGCGGACCGUCUCGUUUCCCAUCCCGGGCACCGACCAGAGCCAACUCUCCCUUCAACGGAUACUCGAUCCCCGCCACUCCGCCGGAUCUGUUUCUGGUCACGAGAGACUCGCCCAACAUCUCCCAGCAGCUAUGGGAGAAUUUCCAACCCGACCAACUGUUCCCCGACGGGACCAUUGGCGAUGCCGCCAACUUCGCCAGCCCCAUCAUGAACCACGCGGUGGACCCUCAGCUCCAGAUGCAGACGCCCGGGAUGGGCGGCGGUCAGCAAAUGCCGCAGCAGAUGGACAUGUCGGGGCAACCGCAGGCCUGGCCCUCGGGGCUACAAGGGGUCAUGGGCUCGGGGCUGGAGAUGCCCGAUAGCGACGGCUGGUCCACCAGCUCGAUCGGCAAUGCUCCUGUGGCGCCCACGACGCUGAAUGUGGAGGACUGGUUCCAGUUCUUUGGGAUUAAUGGCGAAUUGGCCGGGAUGGGUGGUGACGGGAAGAUGACGGGGGAUGGAUGA